AAAAAUAUUUAUUCUGUAUGAUAUGUAAAAAAAGCAAAACUUGCGGUCUUUAUGUUGGCUUCCUUCACCGGCGUUGGGUUACGAAUUCUAUGUAACCGCCUUGUUUCACCGCCGCCUGUUCUCUUCCACACUAUUCCUCUGUUGCGUUCUAGAUUACAAAAUUCGAUAUUCAUGGAGAUUCCAAACAAUCCCUACGCCGGAAAAUCCUCCUUCACUGCCUCCGCCCAUUCUAGCAGAGGUGGGGGUCGAGGCAGAGGGUUGGGAAUGAAAGAAUAUGGCCAAAGAUCGAGAGGCGGCGGCAGGGGUUCUUCUGGGAAUGACAAAAUUGAUGCUCUUGGCAGAUUACUAACAUGUAUACUGAGACACAUGGCCUCUGAGUUAAAAUUAGAUAUGAGAAGUGAUGGAUAUGUGAAGGUGCAAGACCUUCUGAAGCUGAAUCUUAAAACUUUUGCUAAUAUACCACUUCAGUCACAUACUGCCGAUGAAGUUAAAGAGGCUGUCAGAAGGGACAACAAGCAGCGGUUUAGCAUAUUGGAAGACAAUGGGGAGCUUCUAAUACUUUGCGUGCAUGGGACCUACAAGAAGAACUUGGAGUCAAUUCUGGAAGGGGGUCUCAAGCGCAUGAAGAGAUUACACGUCCAUUUCUCAUGUGGCUUGCCAACCGAUGGAGAAGUUAUUAGUGUGCACAACAGAUGGAUAUUUGUUAUGAUAUGCAAAUUUCAAGCAGGUAUGAGACGAGAUGUUAAUGUCUUGAUCUUUCUCGAUGUAAGAAAGGCUUUGGAAGAGGGAAUGAAGCUAUAUAUAUCCGACAACAAGGUGAUUUUAACAGAGGGCUUUGAUGGAGCUGUGCCUGUCAAGUACUUCAAGAAGAUUGAAUCUUGGCCAAAGAGAGAGCCUAUACCUUUCCAAAAGGACUUUUGAAAAUGAUAAUUUACCUUGAAGAUGGAAA